UAGAACGAGACAGAAAAAAAAAGAAUUGUUUCCAAACAAGAAAACAAGUCGAAUUUACUUUUGUUUCUAAUGUCAUUCAGUUUUCUUUCAUAGUAAUGUGUAAAUUGAAAAGUUAAGUAACAAGUAAGAAAAAAGUUCUCAACAACAAUUCUGAUUCAGAAGAAAAGGAAAAUCUGAAAAAGAAUCUAAUAUAAAAUCUUCAAUUCUAUCAACAUUUUGUUGUCAUCAACUGAGAGAACUGUCAUUCAUUCAAUAUAUCCAACACAAAGAAGAUACCCUCAAGUGGAUUUUAUCAUCUUCAUCUCUCUGUUAAUAUAAAUUUUAAUCAUAUUAUCAUCAUUCAGUGAGAGAGAGAGAGGAGAAAUUUUCACGUUUCCAUGUUGACAUUUGUUGCGAAAAUUUCACUUUAGUAUAAACGAUCAGCAACUUGACAUGUCAUCUUCAUCCUCAUCAUCAUCAUCAUCAUCGUCUUAUAAUCAACUUGAAUAAGAAAAUUAUAUUAAUAACUUUUUCCAAGUGAAUCAAUAUUAUUAUUAAGAAAACAAACGAAAAUCUCCAUCAAUUUGGAUCCAAUGAGUUUGCAAUUCAUUAUUGUUCACCUCUAAUCGUUACAGUUACAGUUUAAUUUUUUCAUUAAUUUUCUAAAUACAAUGGAUAAUUUUUUCCCGUCAACGUCCAUAUUAUUCAAUCUAUCGAUUCCAAUUGAACUUGAGAAUUUAGUUCGUCGCCAUUUUACUCAUUCCAAUUCAAUGUAUUCCACAUCAACAGAGUUUAUAUUUAUUUUGAUGUACGCACUCAUCGGCUGCCUGGGAAUCGGUGUUAAUCUCAUCGUUAUAUUGGUAAUUUUAUCAACAAAAAGACUUCGAAACUCAGAACAUGAUCUAAUACUCAAUCUGUGUGCUGCUGAUAUCCUUUUAUGCUUCUGGUGUAUUCCAUUUACUUUGUAUCAAAUUUUAAGACGCGACUGGUCACUUGGUCAGUUAAUGUGUUCGGCUGUGCCUUUCCUUCAGGCUACAAUUGUUUUCGUCAUCGCUCAGACGAUAACUGUUAUAGCAUUUGACCGGUUCAGUGUAAUAACAGGUCAACAUUCAUUGAAACGUAAACACUGGUCAACCCUUUCAGCUCGAAUGUCCUCCGGCGGUGGUUCAUUAACUUCAACCACUUAUUGUUGCCCAUUAACAAAACGAAUCCCUCUCAUAUGGAUUUCAUCAUUUCUCCUUGGGUCACCGUUAAUCUAUUUCUAUAAAGAGGUCAACUUUAAUUAUAACGGUAUUCCAUUGUACAACCGGUGUAUCGAAGAUUGGUCGGGUCAAGUUCGAAUUAUUUAUUCAACCAUUACAUUUACCGUUUCGCUUGUUGUUCCAAUCAUUUGCUUAGUCGCUUCACAGAUUAAAAUUGUCACCUUUCUAAAGCGUCAGGGUAACAAUGAUAGUCGACCAGUGGCCGUUAUCUCGAGAGGAACAGUUUCAUCCAUUGGUGGGCUACAAUCGACAUCGAAUGUCGCUACACCGGUAACAGUAUCUCCAAAGAAAAUCGCAACGGAAAGCAAAACAGAAAAGAACCAAAGUGAUCUCAUUAACAAUAAUAAUAUCGACAGAGAAAAUGCUCAAUUAGAAAUGGACAAAGGUUCAAAAUCGAUGAUUUUUUUAACAGCCGAAACUGAGAGCUGCAUGAAUAAUGUUGAUGAGAAUUCAAAUUUAACAAAUAUCAGCUCAAAAAAUGAUUCCAACAAUUUAGAUUCCAAUGUUAACACCAAGAUUAACAAUAAUAAAAUCUUAAGUUCGGUAUUGAAAAAAGCACGACCUUUAGCCCCAUUAGCCCGUUAUUCCGUUACCUUGCGACCGGUUCGCUUUAAACUGUCCAAAGGUAAUCGCAAUAGACGAGCGAUCAUCUCACUUUACAGAGUGUCUGUCACCUUUAUCCUCUCCUGGUUACCCUUGAAUAUGGUUAACCUUUACCUUGACCUUAUUGACCCUCCCUCAAUAUCGGGGGCAAAGGUUUACCUGAUCCUCGGUGUUUGUCACCUAAUCGCCAUCAGCUCAUCCGUUACCAAUGCCAUUUUUUAUGGCCUCAUGAACACCAACAUUAAACGUGAAUUAUCAAAGAUCCGGGGAAAAUUGAAACGGAAAACUAAUCAUUCAUCACAAUUAUCACCAACUAAUCACAAUCAUCAGAGAAAAUCAAUCAAAUGAUUGAUCAAUGAUUCUGCCGACAAUCAACACAACAACAACAAAAAAACCAAAUGACAAUAAUCAAUUGCCUUCCCAUGUGAUCAUUAAAUCAUCUUUAUCAGAACAAAAAUCCUCA